AUGCCCCAAACGCCGAGCACAAAAACUUGGAGGUAACGGAACCUAAGCAACAGCACGAUUUCGAUUUGUAUAAGAGAAGUGAAUUCUGGGGUGCCGGAACCUAAGCAUGUCGCUUUGCAUGAUCAGUGCUGUAAUAAGUGGACUGUAGAAGCGUUCAUCGAUCUUCAUGAAUGAUCUUCAAUGAGCCUUUUAUUAUGAUGGUGAAAACAGUUCGAACUCACGUAACUGACCAGCACAGCCACCCUAUAAAAUCGGGCCCUAGUUCACCAACAUACUACCCCAACUGAGCCAAACAGAAAGAGAGAACAAAUCUUCAGUCGCUGCAAGCCUUCAACCCGUGCUAACUGUGCGGGAAAGAAAAAAAAACAUGAAGAUGACCUGCGGCAGAACGUCCCCCGUCGUUGCUGCCGUCCUGGUGGCGCUCGCCGUCGUCGCCGCGGCCGUCGGCCCGGCGCCGAAGCGGAGAGGCCAGGAGAUCCACCUGUUCGAGGCCACGGUCCGCUUCCCGGACGACGGCGUGGACGAGCUCGACUACAACUACCGCCUGCUCGCCAAAGUGCUCGGCAGCGUCGAAGCAGCGCGGAGAGCAACGUACGACAGUGAGCUCGGGGUAUUCAGCGCGCUCAUCACCAACAACCAGGGCCGUCGGCUGUCAAAAGUACCAGGCGUGCUGAAGGUCACACGACUGGAGGACCCUCCUUCGCUUCCGGAGACGGACGGCCAUCUCUGAAAAAAACUUAGUGCUAUAGGGUCGACAAUAACUGCAACCAUGUUCGUUGAAAUUGCAGCAGAGUGUAUUGUACUUGCAUGGUAUGGCACUGGCGCAGAGUAAAGCGUGCCCCACUUCCUGCUCUAAAUAAGUGAGAGCAUCAGCGUGGCUUGCUCAUCGUUAUAGUAGAACAUGACAUCGUUAUAGUAGAA